CUGUCAGUCGAGUUCGGUUAUCGCGGAGCGCGCGCGUCUCGUCUGGUGCGCACGCGCAGUGCGCUUUGAUAUGGUCCCGUUUACAACGCCCGGAGAGAGCUUGCGUUUCGUACGAGCUGUCGCACUCUCACCAUGACACAAGAAGAAAUAUACACGCGUCUGGACGACGACCUCCACUCCGCGGCUGAACAUGCCGCCGAUGACGAGGAUCUUGUCAUUAGGAGACAGAAAAGUGUCAAAGAAAUGAUCUUACGCUUCGAAAAGACAAGUUUAAGUGCCUUCGACCCUACGAACGAUUCUCUUGAAAGGUCAAAGGACUCAUCGCUUGGAAGCUUAACAAGUGUAGUGAACCCUCUCCAAAUGCAUUUCCAACAUCUGUGCCCAGUAACUAGAUCUCAGGAUAGGAACUCAAAUGUGUCAGUGAAUUCCAUACUAUCGAACGCUUCGGAAAAUAGCUAUGAAUCAAGUUCUUCUGGUUUUGUUUCCGAUAGAAAAUCAGGUCGAGAGAGUUUAGUUCCUCAUCGACCAGCGCCCCCGCCUCCUGAGCCUUUCAAUGAUAGCUGCUCGUCAUCGGAAAGCAAGUCGCCCGUACGUCGGGAGAGUCGGGAAGUAGAGCGACGAUACUCCUCUGCAACACCAAAUUCCUCACCUAUCGUGAAACGACGAUCACGACAACCACCAGUUAUGAGGAAGAAGUCAAAUGCUAGUAGCAUACUUUUAGGUGAAGCGCAUUGGUCCUAUGGUGUGCGACAAAGUGAUUUAGAAAAGUUAUUAGGUUUGAAAAGAUCAGAGGUGUCUGAUCAUGAGGACGACCGCAAAAGUAUUAGUGUUGAGUCAGAGAACGAAAGCAGCAGUGGUAGCUCUAGUGAUUCUAAUGAUAGUGAAAAAUCUAAUAAAUGUAAUGAAUACAUAGUUCAAGAUGACGACGGUAGAACAGAUACUUUAUCUACAGACCAUUCAACGGAUACCCUGAUAAACGAAGAAAACAGUGACGAACAGGACGAUUUGUCGGUAACUUCGGGUGAAUCUGGUGAACGUAGUAAUUAUGACAAUGUUAGUAUUAAGUCAAUAUCGUCAUUUGACAUGGUGCCCUAUCAGAAAUACGAUAGCAUUACUGUUUCUUCGGACGAAUUCGGUUCAGAACUGUGUAGUGCUCCUGAUACUGAGUUUUUAACCGUGAGUGCUGUGAAUGAGUGGUGUAUGUCAAGGUCGGUGGCUCCGACACUAUUACCUGUGCAAUCCAAAAAGGAAAAAUAUCGAAGGCGACUGACCGAACGAGUGAACGAGUUGAUACACACCGAGAGCGUUUACGUCGAGAGGCUACGGCACGUGAUAGAGAACUACAUUCCAGAGAUGGACAGGGAGGAUCUGCCCUCAACCCUGGCCGGCGCUAAGGGCAUCAUCUUUGCAAACAUUGAGGACGUCUACAGGUUUCACUCCAAAGAAUUCCUGCCAGCGUUACGAGAGUGCGAAAAUGAUCUCAGGAAAUUGGGCCAAUGCUUUAGGAUAUAUGAACCAAGGUUUAAUAUGUACGUAAUGUACUCUAGGCAUAAUAAGAGAGCCACGAGACUGAUAUACGAACACAAGCUGUUCUUCCAAGAGAAGCAAAUGGAACUAGGCGAAAGAUUAGAUCUCUCAAGUUACAUAUUAGAACCAAUACAAAGGAUUCCGAGGUAUAAGUUGUUCCUGGUCGAUCUAGUUAAAACUUACACUAAUUACGAGAACGAGAGGUGUGAGUCGGAUUCUCGGAUCUCUAAGUUAAGUGUGGACAGCGAUGAGACUGGGGGAAGCAACGGGGACUCGGACAGCGAUGAAACGCCACUAGAAAGUUUGAAGCAAGCAAAAAUUGUGGUGGAACGCAUACUGACUGCGGUCGAUGAGAUUGUGGUAUUAGAAAACAUCACAGACUUGCCGCCGCAACUGAGCCUGCUGUGCCAAGGUCGUCUGCUUGUCCAGAACGAGUUUUGGGCCAUGGACACGGCUCGGAGAAGGCGGACGCUCAUGAGGCUGUUCCUCUUUGACAAACUGGUGCUCAUCACGGCGGUAUACAAGAAGCAUCAAAGGUUGGAGUACUACAUCUACAAAGACCACAUCCAAGUUGAAGACUUGGGCAUAACUGCCAAAGAGAAUGAUGUACUGAAGUUUACAAUAUGGUACAAGAAUAGGAAUUUGAAGUCCUACAAGUUGGAGAAUAAGGACCCAGCCGUGAGGACCGCGUGGGUGGAGGAGAUAACCUCCCUGCUGUGGGAACAGGCCAUGAAGAAGAAAGAGUUAUUGCUGGAGCAGCGCCAAAAGCGGAUGUCUGUGGCGUCCCAGCAGUCCAGCGAGGAUGACAAGAAUGACGACAAAUAUAACUCCCUCCGCGGAGUACCAGGGGAGGUCAACCGUUCUGGAGAGAAGAAAACCAGAAGAACCACUUGGUACUGCGAAUGAGAAGACAGAUAUUAUAUUAUUAGGUUCCACUUUUUUAUUGGGGAUUAGCCCAACAGACUUGUGUCUAAAUUAUGGAGGCAAUUGAAUGUUACUCCUAUUAAAAACUGCCAAGUUGUGUUUUUGGAAUGUAUUGAGGAAAUGUGACCAAAGAAAGGGCUAUCCUCUUCUUUCUUUUAUAAAAAUAUUGGUCAAAAUAUACCCGUCCAAAUUGUACUAAAAUGU